AUGGCCCUAUUAGCAAGUUUCAAGCAUAUUCGCGCUCCAGGCUCAAGGGCACAAGAAGCAGACGAUACCAAUGUUGGUCUUGGGUCCAAGAAGAUGCAGAAAGCUAACAGGGAGGAUUUUGGUCUACAUGCCAUUUUUCUGUUUGGACGACGUGAUGCGUCGAUCUCUCUCACUUUAGAGACUAGCUAG